AGAUAGAGGGCGCUCUUCCCGCUAAAGUACAUGGCAUGCGCCUAUGUGCGAAGAAGAAGAAAAACAAGGAAAUGGUGGAGGGAGAGCCUGGCACUUAUUCUAUGUAACGACCGGCAGGAGCCUGCGGGCAGCAAAGGGUGGGGGUGAUAGCCGAGCCUUGAUGGGUUAAAUACGAUCUCGCUCCAGCCGAGGAGGAGGAGGAGGAUGGAUUACGAAUUUAAGAGGAAGCUGUCCGCCGAGCGGGAGAAAGUGGAGGAGCUGUUUGAAUAUGAAGGUUGCAAAGUGGGUCGAGGCACCUACGGGCAUGUUUACAAAGCUAAGCGGAAAGAUGGAAAGGACGAAAAAGAAUAUGCACUGAAGCAAAUUGAAGGUACAGGCAUAUCCAUGUCGGCUUGUAGAGAGAUUGCACUGUUACGAGAGUUGAAGCACACAAACGUGAUUGCGUUACAGAAAGUGUUUCUGUCCCACAGCGACAGAAAAGUUUGGUUACUGUUUGAUUAUGCAGAACAUGACUUAUGGCAUAUCAUCAAGUUUCAUCGUGCCUCAAAGGCAAAUAAAAAGCCCAUGCAGCUGCCAAGAUUGAUGGUCAAGUCACUACUCUAUCAGAUCCUGGAUGGAAUCCAUUACCUGCAUGCAAACUGGGUGCUUCAUCGAGACCUGAAACCAGCAAACAUCCUGGUAAUGGGGGAAGGUCCUGAGAGAGGAAGAGUCAAAAUAGCUGACAUGGGGUUUGCCAGGCUGUUCAAUUCUCCUCUGAAACCUCUAGCAGAUCUUGAUCCAGUAGUGGUCACGUUUUGGUACAGGGCUCCAGAGCUGUUGCUUGGAGCAAGGCAUUACACGAAGGCCAUAGAUAUUUGGGCUAUUGGUUGUAUUUUUGCUGAACUGUUGACUUCGGAACCCAUUUUUCAUUGUCGUCAAGAAGAUAUUAAAACAAGCAACCCAUUUCAUCAUGACCAACUUGAUCGUAUCUUCAGUGUAAUGGGAUUUCCAGCAGAUAAAGACUGGGAAGAUAUCAGAAAGAUGCCAGAAUAUCCCACUCUUCAAAAAGAUUUCAGAAGAACAACAUACACAAACAGCAGUCUUAUUAAAUACAUGGAAAAACAUAAAGUGAAGCCUGACAGCAAAGUAUUCCUCUUGCUUCAGAAGCUUCUGACUAUGGAUCCUACCAAAAGAAUCACAUCAGACCAGGCAUUACAGGAUCUCUAUUUCCAAGAAGACCCUUUACCCACAUCUGAUGUUUUUGCAGGGUGCCAGAUUCCAUAUCCAAAACGAGAAUUUUUAAAUGAAGAUGAACCAGAAGAAAAAACUGAGAAGAAUCAGCAGACACAAAAUCAGCACCAGCAACAAACAGCAACUCAGAAGCAGGCUACAGUUCAGCAGCAGCAGCAACAACAAAACAGCAGCCAGACAAAUGGUACAGGUGGAACAGCUGGAGCCACACUUCAGCACAGUCAAGACUCCAGUCUUAACCAGGGACCACAGAAUAAGAAGCCACGCAUGGGGCCUUCAGCCAAUAACUCUGGUGGAUCCUCCCUGAUGCCUUCAGAUUAUCAGAAAUCAUUAAAUGGACUGUACAAAAUUAAUGACACUUUAGAAGCACUCCUCUUCACGUCUGGGUUACCAAAGCAAUGUUCAGGGAUCUUCUCAGCCCCAGAAUGCCAUGGGUUACACUACAACAUCUCAGCAGAGCUCACAGUACCACCAGUCCCACAGGUACUAGAAGGAAAACCACCAAAAGGAAACCAAGUAUCAAUCAGAGGCUCCGGCUAGUUGAUGAACAGAACCUUCAAAGAUAUACACAUCCAGAACUACAAAUGGAACAUGUUGUCCAGAACUUAGUCUGUGUUCUUCGUGUAUAGCCAUCCUCAAAUGUUUGGUAAACAUCAACCUUGGCUGACCUUCUUUGAAGCCUGAGUUAACUUCUUACAGUCACGAUAAGUUAGAAUUUGUGAUUGAAUGCCAGCACUUACUCGUUUGAGUUUUUUUAAUGAUUUUGUUUUGUGCAGCUUCUUGGCAGUAAUGACAGUGAUUUAUUUAUCUUAAUAAGGCUGCUCAGUGGAACUUCAUGUUGUAGAAAUAAGAGGUAGUUCUGUAUAGAUUUUUAUUCUGAAAAACAAGACAAGAAAACAUAAAUGCACCUUUUUAAGCACUGUGUUCUGUUCACAGAGCAUUGCAGUUUGGCAAACAGAUGUCAAGAACAGGAAACUUUACUGUUCCAAGUUUCCGAUCCUUCUUUUUUUUAACAGGAUUCUAAAAAAAUAUAUAAAAAUUUGAAAAAAAGUUUGUGCCUGCACCAGAGACACCAAUAUACAUGCAGGAUUUAACUCAGGAGUGGUUGAAGUAGAUUAC